AUGAGUACUAAGACUUUCAACGAUAUUCCUGGUAGAUCUAUCUCAGAUGCAACUCUAGUCCGUGGGGAUUUACAAGACGUGACAAUUUCCACCACUGUUGCUUUUCCCAUCAAUACCGAGUUGUUUGAUAGUGAGAGAGGCGUUGGCAAAUUAGAAGAUUAUGAAGGUAAAAUACUCCUGGAAAUAUCCAAGGUUGAUCCUGAGUUCUUCGGAUCACUCGGACAACCUCCUUCAUAUGGAUCUUUUGCAUCUACGCAACAAGCUUCUCUGAACGAACAGAGCAAGACCAUACUCAGGCAAUACUAUAAGCGAUUCAAGCGCUCUCUCCCACCCGAAGGAGCAGACAGGGGAGCCACAGGGCACGUAGCCGUUGAGGUGUUUGACCAUGGAUGCGCUGGAAAUUUAUCAGGGCUUAGUGGGCCUGGCUUGUCAGUACUUUUUGGAUGA